AUGUCAUUCAAUAUUGACGAUGAAACAUACCGUAUUAUUAUUGAUAAUGGUUCUGGCACAAUUAAGGCCGGUUUUCAUGUUGAUGAUAAACCUCGAGUAAUUUUUCGUACUGUAAUUGGUCGUUUACAUCAUCUGAAAACUCUAGAUGAAACGACUCAAGCAGAUCUAUUUAUUGGACAAAACACAUUAGACAGUAAAGAAAUUUUAUCUAUUUCUUGUCCUAUCGAACAAGGUAUUAUUACAAAUUGGGAUGAUAUGGAAAAAAUUUGGCAUCAUACUUUUCAUAAUGAACUUCGUAUUUCACCAGAAGAACAUCCAGUUUUACUUAGUGAAGGACCAUUAAAUCCUAAAGCUAAUCGUGAAAAAAUGGCAAAAAUAAUUUUCGAGCAAUUUAAUACGCCUGCUAUGUAUGUAGCAAAUCAGAGUGUUCUUUCAUUUUAUUCUUUGGGUAAAACAGCUGGUGUUAUUCUUGAAAGUGGUGAUGGCGUUUCAUACACUGUACCAAUCAAUGAAGGUUAUGCUAUACCACAUGCAAUUAACCGUCUUGAUAUAGCUGGACGUGAUUUAACUGAUUUUAUGGCUCGAUUAUUAGCCGAACGUGGUUAUGCAUUUACAACGACAGCCGAACGUGAAAUUGUUCGUGAUAUUAAAGAAAAACUUGGUUAUGUUACAUUAGAUUUUGAACAAGAAUUAGCAAGUGCAAAUCGUUCGAAUAGUAUCGAGAAGAACUAUGAAUUACCAGAUGGUCAAAAGAUAACAAUUGGUAAUGAAUGUUUUCAAUGUCCUGAAGCACUUUUUGUACCAACUACAAUGGGUCGAGAAGAACCUGGUAUUGCUGAAACGGUUUAUAGUACAAUAAUGAAAUGUGAUCUUGAUAUUCGAAAAGAAUUAUAUACGAAUAUUAUGCUUUCGGGAGGAACAACUAUGUUUCCAGGUAUUGUUGAACGAAUGCAAAAAGAAAUAACAGCAUUAGCUCCAUCAACAAUGAAAACUCGUAUUGUUGCUCCACAGGAACGAGAAUAUGCAGUAUGGAUUGGUGGUUCAAUUCUUAGUUCAUUAUCAACAUUUCAAACAAUGUGGAUAACAAAACAAGAAUAUAAUGAAUUUGGUCCAUCGAUUGUGCAUCGAAAAUAUUUUUAA